AUAUUUUGACAAUUCUCAUAACCUCUAAAAUGCAAAGAUGUUUAUCAGAAACCUGUUUAAACAUAUAAAAAUAUCACAGUCAUGCCAGAUAUCGCUGUGUUACUCACAAAAUCAUACCCCCCAACCUCUGAGAAGCAUAAAAGCUAAAUCUACGCGGGAUUCUGUUCAGUUCUACAUAGAUUCUUGUGCAGUUAGAGUGGAGGCUGGUAACGGUGGCGAUGGGUGUAUUUCGUUCCUUAGUGCUUGGUGUAAGGAACACGCUGGUCCCGACGGCGGCGACGGAGGUCACGGCGGGCACGUUAUUUUUCAAGCCACACACAAAGUUAGAAGCUUGAAUCAUUUAAAUUCAGUGAUAAGAGCUAAGAAUGGGGAGAAGGGUUACAACAAAGACUGCUGCGGUAAGAACGCUGAUCACGUCAUCGUACCAGUGCCAUUAGGUACUAUAGUGAAGGACCCGCAUGGCUCAGUGGUGGCGGACCUCGACAGAGAGGGAGUCAUGUUCGUGGCAGCGAGGGGGGGCGCUGGUGGGAGGGGGAAUAAGUUCUUCCUCACCGAUACACAACAGGCCCCCGACGUGGCGGAGCUGGGGGGCGCGGGCGAGGCGGCGCGGUACCGCGUGGCGCUGCGCUCGAUGGCGCACGUGGGGCUGGUGGGGCUCCCCAACGCGGGCAAGAGCUCGCUGCUGCGCGCCGCCACCCGCGCGCGCCCCACCGUGGCGCCCUACCCCUUCACCACGCUGCGCCCGCACAUAGGCAUGGUGCAGUAUGACGACUAUGAGCAAGUGGCCGUAGCGGACCUGCCCGGGCUGAUACCAGGAUCGCAUAAGAACUAUGGGCUGGGUAUACAAUUCUUACAGCACAUAGAGAGAUGCAAAGGCUUAAUAUAUUUAUUGGAUGGGAGCAAUGAACCAAAACAGCAGUACAGAGUGUUGAUGCAUGAAAUACAACAGUACAGCAGUGAUCUAGCCAGAAGGCCGAGCGUGGUCGUCGUGAACAAGAUAGACCUGGAGGAAGCGAGACAGAACUACGAGGGAAUGAGGGAGGAGAUGGACGUGAUCGGUAUAUCGGCUAAAACCGGCUUGAACUUGAGGGAGUUGCUGAAAAUUGUCAGGGCAAUUUACGAUAGUGAUAGUAAAUGUGAUAAAUAGUUUGUUUGUUUGUAAUUUGUUUUAAAUAAAUCUGUAAGUU